UUGGUCACGUGCCUUUCUCUUGUGAACUAUUUGUCACGUGCCAUUUCUUUUGAGCUCUUAUGAUUGAUGACUUAUCCAUACGAGAUAAGAAUGCCAUGGGCCAUGGCCAUUAGUAUCACGGGACCCCAUUCUUUUGCCAUGUGUCACUUCAUCUUGACUCUUCAAAUAAAUGGCCUCGAUUGAUAUGCGCCCUUUCCCUUUCAAAGGAUAAUGCGCCACCUCUCACCAAAAUCUUCUUACUGUUUUUAAAUUGGGAAGCAACCUCAGUCCAGAACACAAUUGACACACAGAGUUAGAGACUGUAGUUCACCAUUUAGAGAGAGAGAGAGAGAGAGAGAGAGAGCGCUACAACUCUUACAUAUUUGUUGGUCUAUACUUUCUUAUUUGUGUGUAUGAGAGAGAAAGACAGAUCUUAUUAGAGAGAGUGCAACUCUUGCUGUUAGUCUGUAGUUUCCUGUUUUCUCCCGCAACCCAAUUUCGAGAAUUUUCACUUUUCGGUUCAAAAUCAUUGGAAUUUCGAUUUUUGCGGCUAGUAUCUGAUAAAGAUGGCCAAGAACAAAGUCGCCGGGAAGUGCAAUUUCCAUAAGAAGUCAGUUUUUAGGGGAAUAAGGAUGAGGAAAUGGGGCAAAUGGGUAUCGGAAAUUCGAAUGCCGAAGAGCCAAUUGAGGAUAUGGCUUGGUUCUUAUGAUUCUCCAGAAAAGGCAGCCAGGGCAUAUGAUGCUGCCCUUUAUUGCCUCAGGGGCUCUAAUUGCCACUUCAAUUUUCCGGGGGACAAAAGACCGAACCUACCCUUGAACUUCUCACCUUCCAUUUUAGAUAUCAAGGCGAUAGCUGCGAGGUCUGCCUCGCCCGAAAAUUUUACAGCAGAAAAAAAACAAAAAAUGGCCUCAAAUUUAUCUUCUUCGGAGUCCGAGCAGGUCUCUCCCUCUCUCUCUUCUACAUCGGAGGUCUCCGAAUCAAUGGAAUCCUCAUUUUCCAGUGACAGAGACUUGUUUCGAAUUAGUUUCCCCAGGAAGGAUCUGCUUGAAAAUGUUGAAUGUGAAGACUCAUUCAUGGAUGAGAUGAAGAUUUUACUGGAUUUCUGAUUAUUAGGUCUUAGAAGUUGUUCGUGAUAGAGCACUUUAUUAUGCAUAAUCAAAUAUAUAAAUUACUGCACAUAUAUGGAAAUUGUAUCUUUGUAUGGUCAGGGGAUCACAUACAAGUAGCUUAGAAACAGUAAGUUACAUGCUUCCGCAACCAUGCAUCCUCAAGAAUGGACGAUCGAUAGAAGAUGUUGGUCAUGUCAACCGUUUGAUGUUGAAUGCGAUGGUCAGUGAUGCAUGUAACAAUGUAUGCUUCUCCAUUUGUUUAUAGUCUAUAAUACUAUUUGUAUGUACUUUAUUAUGACUAGAAAUUACCAUUUGUAUGUACUUUAUUAACUUGAAUGGUUUGGACUAUGGACAAAUUUCGAAAGUUCA